AUGGCUAACCCAUCUGGGAACCACCAAGAACCGAGCCACGCCUCCUCGUCGUUCAACGGCACCAACCCAAGUAAUGGAAACUCUGCGCCGGUGUCGGCACCGGAGAGUUCCGGUGCCGCCAUGGCCAUGAAGCACAACCCGGGUAUUUCUAUGGAUUGGAGCGCAGAGGAGCAGGCAAUUCUUGACGAUGGGCUCGCCAAAUAUUCAACAGAAUCAAACAUAAUCCGGUAUGCAAAGAUAGCUAUGCAGCUGCAGAAUAAGACUGUCCGAGAUGUGGCAUUGCGUUGCAGAUGGAUGACUAAAAAGGAAAACAGCAAGAGAAGGAAGGAAGAACAUAACUUAACAAGGAAAAGCAAAGAUAAAAAGGAGAGAGUAAUUGAUACUUCAGCAAAGCCAUCUCACUUUGCUAGCCGGCCCAAUGUUGCUCCCUAUGCUCCCCCAAUGGUUACUAUGGACAAUGAUGAUGGCAUCUCAUACAAAGCCAUUGGUGGUAUUACAGGAGAGCUUCUGGAGCAAAAUGCACAAGCCCUGAAUCAAAUUUCUGCGAACCUUGCAGCUUUCCAGAUACAGGAGAACAUCAACCUCUUCUGCCAAACUCGAGAUAAUAUUCUCAAAAUUAUGAAUGACUUGAAUGACAUGCCAGACGUAAUGAAGCAGAUGCCACCGCUUCCAGUGAAAGUGAAUGAGGAGCUAGCAACCCAUGUGGGCAUCCCACCCCAUCAGAUGCAAUCAUGA